AUGGGGAAUCGGCAUCCAGCACCUCCUCCUCCACCAUCUCCACUUUUAAGAACUCCAUGGAGAGAAACAUCUUGGGGAGGUGAAAAUAAACAGGAACUUCUGCAGUACGUGAAGAAUUUUCAGCCUCAAAAUGAAGAAAUUGAAGCCAUCAGAGUUUUGCUCCACGGUCCAGUCGGUGCAGGAAAGUCCAGCUUCAUCAACUCUGUCAACAACGUCCUGCAAGGGAAGAUGACCAAUGAAGCUCUGGCCAGUUCCACAACCUCUGAUCAAAGUUUUACAAAAAUAUAUCAAACCUAUAAAAUCAAGAAAGAAGGCAGGGGAAACUUUUAUCCCUUUGUGUUCAAUGACAUCAUGGGUCUGGAGGAAAAAGCUGGAGUCAGAACAGACGACAUCAAACUGGCCUUGAAGGGUCAUGUGAAGGACGGAUAUAAGUUCAAUCCUAUAUCUUCACUUUCCGAUGGUGAUCCUGGCUACAACUCUUCCCCGUCCAUGAGUGACAGAGUUCAUGUUUUGGUCUGCAUUUAUGACGCUAAUGCACCACAAAUGAAGCAGGAUGUUUUACAAAAAAUGAAGGAAGUCAGAGAAGCAGCCAGUGAGCUGGGAAUCCCUCAGCUGGCGAUUCUCACCCACAUUGACUCAGCCUGUGGGGAAACAGAGAAAAAUCUGAAAAACGUCUACCAGAGCAAACAUUUAAAGAAAAAGAUGGGCGACUUCAGCUCCAGCUUGGGGAUCCCAAUGAACUGCAUCCUCCUAAUGAAGAACUACAGUCAUGAAACUCAGCUGAAUCCAGACGUCGACACUCUGAUCCUGAAUGCUCUGAAACUGAUGAUUGACUUCGGAGACGACUACGCCGAGAAACUGUGAAGUCGCAGAACACUUUGUGGGGAUAUGCAUGAAAAUCACAGCAGUAAUACAGUUCAUAUCAGUGAAAAAUUAUGAGGUGAAAUAGUGGGGUUAAUAUUAAUAAAAUAAACAUCAGUAGCAGCUUUGAUUAUUGUAAGUUUGUUUUUUCUUUAAGUUGGUUCCAUUUAAAACACUAUUCAGGUGUAAACGCCAUAGAAGUUUCAGCAGAAAACAAAAUGACUGAAGAAAUAAAGAUGAUGUGUUAGUCAACAAAAAAGUAGAACAAAAAGAGAUCAAAGAUCAGAUAGAAGAGGACCAAUUUCAUCAAAAUAAAUGUAUUCCUUAUUAACCAUGUCAUAAACCAUAAAGACAAACUGAGAAAGGCUGGACUGACAGUUUUCUGUAGCAUUCAUAAAACUUUCCUGUUAGUUUGAAAUCGCUAAAGACGUUCAUUACAAAUGAAGAAACCUUAAUAAAAGCUGUUUACUGUGAAAGAGAUUCAGAGAGUGAAGCAUCUGUGGCCUGAAUGAGUAGAGGCAAGUGUUGCACUAUUAUUAUUGCUGCAAGCACUGCAAAUAUCAUUACAGUUAUUAUUCAGCAAAUAUAAUACCUGACAUGAAGAUAUUUUCUUCUGCUAAGACUAUAAGUUCACGUAAAAUAGAGCUUAAUUUUUAGUAUUCUAAUUUUAAAUGUUGUAAUUUUAGUAGUUGUAAGUGAAACACAAAUCAUAAUUAACAGAAAUAAAACCCUGAAAACAUAAA